AUGAGGCUGGUCAUCCUUGUGUGCCAGCUUGCCCUCAUUCUGAGGACAGAGGCCCAGAUACCAGAUGAAUGCAUUACUAGCGAUACAAACAGAGCUCCAGAAAACACUGACAUAACUGUGGAAUGCGGCACUGAGUAUAUGGAAGUGAGCAUCUUCCUUUGCCCUGUGUACAAUGCUCUUUACAAUGAAUCUCUGAUGGUCCCCAAUAAUCAGAUGAACACGCCCGAGUGUAUAGGGACUCCUGACUGGACUGUGAACCCACCGGUCUUGAGGUUCAGAUUCCCCUUGAAUGAAUCUUCUGUUUCAUCCUGCAAUAAUUUAUUUACGGUAAUCACUCAAGUUGGGAGUGGACAAUUUGCAGACUUCUCAAAUGUCCAGUACGUCAACAUAUCUGGCAUUAUUUCCUCUGUAGACCCUUCGCAGGGUUCCAUCACCUAUCGCCUACAGAUCCUGUACAAGUACUCCUGCUUCUACCCAAUGCAGUAUCUCCUGAACAACACUGAGCUGGCUGUAUCAGGUGCAAGUCUUGCAAUAAGAGACAACAAUGGCAGCUUCAUCACCACACUGAGUAUGGCGCUCUACGGUGAUGAAGAGUACACAGAGAUAUUGAAUAUCCCACAAACAGGACUAAACCUGAAGACCAAGAUUUAUGUUGCGGUUAAAGCUACCAAUCUAACAGAAAGGUUCAACGUGCUGCUGGACAGAUGCUAUGCAACAACAAGUCCAUAUCUCAUACCCAGCACCUCUUAUGAUCUUUUUGUAGGGUGUCAACGUGAUGCACAAACUCAAGUAAAGAUCAAUGGUGAGUCACAGAUUGCUCACUUUUCCUUUGAGGCCUUCAGAUUUGUAGAGCACAAAGACAGGACCAUUUCCACUUUCUACCUGCACUGCGUCACCCGGCUCUGUGAGGUGGACUCGUGCAGCACUUUAUUGCCUGUGUGUGGAUCUGACAGUAGGAGAAAAAGAGACACCUCAGGAGUGAUGGGCAACACUACAGUAACCUCACCUAAAAUUGUUGUGGGACAACAGACCAGUGUAGAAGCUCAAACUCUCUCGGCCCCUUACAGUCCAUCCCAUGACAACAACUACAGCAGCCCUGUGGUGGCUGUCAUUGUCUGCAUCGUCAUUCUCGCUAUCGUCAUCGUCGCCAUGAGUGUUUACUUUGCGUUGUACGUCAGACCGAGAAAACCAAGCAUGCAGUAAAUGAUCUCCCAAACGUCCAAAACAUUACUUCAUCAUCUACACGGUAUCGCCAUUAUGCUGCAGAGAUAGUCAAUCAAGUCAUUAGGAACAAUAUUCAGAAAUAUUACUGUUUUCAUAUUACUAUUUUCCAUUUUACAAACUGCAUUCUAACACGGUGGUCAGGCUUGCAACUUUCUAAUCACUAUAAAUCACAUAGCUUAUUAUUGUGGAAAUGAGGACACAGAACCUGUACUAUAAUUGUGUAUUAUAAUUAGUUUGAAUCAUGU